AGGCUCUCUCAAAGCCCCUAUGAUUCAAAACCUCUCUCUGUCUCUGUCUGUCUGUCUCUCUCUCUCUCUCUAAGACGGGUCUUUUUGAGAGCUUCUUCUACUUAAUCCAGAGGGGUUAGACCUGCCAAGGUUUCUACAAGGACCCGUUUGGGAGCUUCAUCAAGAGAGAAAAGUAAAAGAGAGAGAGAGAGCAAAGUCAGAGAGAGAGAGAAAGUGAAUAGGAAAGCAAGGGAAAAUUUGAUAUUCUUUGGGAGAUGAAUCGAGGUGUGUUGCAGAGCUCACCGCUGCAGCAAAUGAUGGCAGGAAGCCCGAACUGGUGGAGUCUCAACAGCAUGAAGCAGCCGCCAUCUCCACAACCUAUUUCUCCUCUGUUGGCAGCUCCUCCAGUUCAGUUCUCACAGAUACCACCCUCUUCUUCUUCACUUCCCCUUUCGUCCUCUUGGCAUGGAAACCAGGACCUUCAAGAGUCAUGGAGUCACCUACUCCUGGGAGGACUGGCGACUGAGGAAUAUAAUAAGUCAGGUCCAGGCCACCAUAGUAUUGAAACUGCUAAGAAGCUGGAGAAUUGGGAAGAACAACUCCUGCACCAAAACCCACAUCCUGCAGCUGCUGUGGAUUAUAUAAAGCAGGAGAACUCUUCAAACAGCUAUGUAUACAAUGCAGACUACCAACCAUCAGCAAAACGUUCCUGGUCCCAGAUGAUGCCUGCUUCUUCUCCAACCUCUUGUGUCACUAGCUUAAACAAUAACAUGCUGGAUUUCUCAAGCACCAAGGCAGCACCAGAUUCUUCCUCAGAGUGCAAUAGCACAGCUGCUGGUGGGGCAAUCAAGAAAGCUAGGAUUCAUCCUCCUCCAACCCAACAGCCUACCUUCAAGGUGAGGAAGGAGAAAUUAGGAGAUAGAAUAACGGCCCUUCACCAGCUAGUCUCCCCAUUCGGGAAGACUGACACAGCUUCGGUCUUGUUAGAAGCAAUUGGGUACAUAAGAUUCCUUCAGAGUCAAAUUGAGGCCCUUAGCUUGCCGUACUUGGGCAGUGGAUCAGGAAACACCAGGCAACAACAGUCUGCUCAAGGGGAGAGAAAUUGUUUAUUUCCUGAAGACCCUGGUCAGCUGUUGAAUGACAUCGGCUUGAAGAGAUCAAAAGGAGCUUCUCAGCAGGAUUCUCAAGAGGAACCAAAAAACGACCUGAGGAGUAGAGGGCUGUGCUUAGUUCCGAUAUCCUGCACGCUGCAAGUAGGGAGCGUCAACGGCGCCGAUUAUUGGGCUCCGGCUGCCCUUGGCGGAGGCUUCCGAUAGAUCAAAUUUUGGCCACGGCGGCGGCAGUACACUUUGAGUUGAGUUCACAAAAUGCUAUAACAUCAUGAGCAGUCACUCUGCUAAUUAAACAUUCAAGGCUGAUUGCUCAUGAUGCUAUACGUUUUGGGCUGGGACUAUCAACUGAGCUGGCUGUGGCAUAAUUAUAUAUAUGAUGAUUAAGGCUUCCAAAUCUAACUUGAGGUCAUUAGCUCUUAAUUAAGCAUAAUUAUCGUCACCUUUCUUUGUUCUAUCGGCUAGUACAAUGGUUUCAUGUAUAUGCCGUUUCAUGUAUUUGGUUCUUGAUUAAUGCAACAUCAGGGCUUGAGAAGCUCCAUAACCGAAAUGUUUCAGAUCUUAAUUACUUAUUAAUUAGUAAAAAAACCCCUUCAAUUCUUCUUGUUCUCAA